AAAUAGAAGCUGCCUUGCCUAUCUGCCUAGCUGCUUGCUGCUUCUGAAUUCUGAUCGAUUAUAACAUUCAUUUUUGCAGGGCAGGGGCAGGGGCAGGUCUCUCUAGCUUUUUUUUUUCUUUGUGAUUUAUGAUCAGAUCAGAUCUGUUUAAAAGCUAAUCCAUUGAGAAGACCAGUCACAUUAUCAGAGAAGAGAAGAGAAGAGAUGACGGGAGUUGGUGCAGGUCGCCACCGCUGUGACAACAAUGGGAGCGGAAGAGGUGGCAGUCCGCCUCCGGAGAAGAGGCCGCUGCCGCCGGCAUUGAUCACACCCCGACCCAUUGUGCGAAAGGUUCAAAUUGUGUAUUACCUCUCCAGAAACGGCCUCCUCGAGCACCCUCACUUCAUGGAGGUCGCUCUUCUUCCCACCCGCCGCGACCUUCUCCUGAAAGAUGUGAUGGACCGGCUUACAGUCUUAAGAGGCAAAGGGAUGCCUUCACUCUACUCCUGGUCUUGCAAAAGGAGCUACAAGAACGGGUAUGUGUGGAACGACUUAGCUGAGAACGACGUUAUCUACCCAUGUGAAGGAGCAGAGUACAUACUCAAAGGCUCUGAACUUUUUCAGCCUUCCUCCGAGAAAUCACAAGUCAACAAUGCCCCACAGUUUGACCUUGUUAGAAGCGCCCACCCAGUCAAACAAGCAGACUUUUCGCCAAAACGCAGGCCCGCGGCUUCUAAACGACAUCCCGAGCCGGAAGAGGUGGUUCAGAACCACUGCAAGGAAGAAGAUUACCAAGAGAAAAUCACUAUAACUACUACGGACCGGUUUGAGUUGACCCGGGGCGACUCGUCUCCUCCGUCCACCGCUUCUUCUUUGUCCGAGAAGUGCAACGACGGGGGCAACACCACUUCCCAGAGGUACGAAGAUGGCGACCCGGUGGUGGCCGACUCGUUACUCGGCCGGAGUUCUGUUCUCUUCCAACUCAUCUCCUGCGGUGGCUCCGCUUCUUUCAGAGCAAAGGGUUUGACGCCCUUUGCGAAGCAGUCACCGGCGGCUGCAGUGGGAAGGAAGAGCUGCAGCGGUGCUGCUCUGAAAAAAGAGGCGCAGAUUCGUGCGGCGGCGGCAGCGGCGAACUCCAUCGACGAUGAGGAAGAAAUUAUCAUCAAAUACAUGUCGGAGAACCCGAGGUUCGGGAACAUGCAGUCCCAGGAAAAGGAGUACUUCAGUGGGAGCAUCUUGGACUCCAUUGCGGCGGAGGAGAAGUCUCAGGUCCCUCCAUGUCUCCAGAAAUCUAAUUCCUACAAUGAAGAAAGGAAGUGCAGGCCAGGGCUAGAAGAAGUAGGUGCGGAGAAGGAGGCAAAGCAAAACGCUGGGAAAUGUAUUCCCAAAAAAAAGUCUUCAUCUAAGCAAUCCUCCAAAAAGUGACCAUAUAUCUUUUGUCAGAUAUAAUGAUGAUGAGAUCGAACACGGAAUUUGGCUGUAAUCCUUUGUCUUCUUCAAUAGCUUUCUAGUACUUUAGGGUCAUUAGCUGCUGAACCACCUCCCACGCUUCCUUUCCUUUAUUUAUGCUGCAACUCUAAAUUUACCUAACAAAAAAAAAACGAUAGGGUGUUGUGAAAUUAGUAGAAAGUUUGAUCGAGGGACGUAAAUUAGUCUUAUAUCACAUUUUACUUAGUGUCCGUGCCCAUCUACACAUUGUUGUGCCUUAAUGUAAUGAGCAAUUCUUCUUGUACACUUUGUUAUUGUUUACACUUUGUUAUUGAGC